AUGCCAUCUCAGUCAUGGCAAGAGGACCCCCUCCCGUCUACCAGUUCACCCCCACCUUCCAACUUUACACUUUACGAUCAGACGUUUCAACGUUUCGAAGCGCCAAAAACAUUCAGACGGAGGAACGGAAGUGUGAUUAUGAACACUGCCACCAACACAUAUUUCAUUGCUUUACUGUUCCUUUUCACCUUACACACAGCGACAGGUAAGGCAUUUUUUAUAAAAUUGAUUACUAUUUCAUAAAAAUAUUUUUUCAUUUACUAGUUAUCAAAACUAACUAAAACACUAAUUAUACCUCUAAGAAUACUAUAGUAUCACUUUCAGCGUUAAAACAAGUCCACGAAUAUCAAAGAUACGAUGGGUGGUACAAUAACCUCGCAAACCCUCAGUGGGGCACAGUAAGCAGUAGAUUACACCGUGAUGCUCCCAGUGCAUACGAAGAUGGAGUAUAUAAGUUAUGGGAGAAAGACCUGCCAUCAGCUAGAAACAUCUCAAGUAAGAUACCACUAUGUUGUUAAUUAUUACCAUGUUUAGAUCUGGUAUUCAAAGGAAAAGAUGGUAUUCCAAAUGCUCGGAACUUGACAACUAUGAUGGCUUUCUUCAGUAAGUUACAUACCAUUUAAACAUGAAACAGAGCUAAUAAAUACAGUAAUAAGUUUAGAAAACUUAUAUUUGGAUUGCUAUAACAGUGAUUUUUCAUCAAAAAAUAUAUUGUUUUAGGUCAAGUAGUUGCGUACGAGAUAAUGCAAUCAACUCAAAUCAGUUGUCCGUUGGAAAUGCACAAGAUCCAGGUGCCAAAGUGUGAUGCUGUGUUUGACAAGGAAUGUAAAGGAGAAACACAGAUACCAUUUACAAGAGCCAAAUACGACAAAACCACUGGACAUGGGCUGAAUUCACCAAGAGAACAGGUAACUUGAAUGUUUUACAUAGUCUUGCGUUUAGUAAACUUUAAAUUACUCGAAGCGCCAAUGACUAAAUGAAGUUAUUGUAGGUGAACGACAGAACAGCCUGGAUCGAUGCUUCUUUUCUGUACAGUACCCAAGAACCAUGGGUCGCUGCUCUGAGGUCAUACAAGAACGGAACCUUAAAAGAGCACGACUCUAUGAAAGGGUACCCUCCAUUCAACAACCCCCACAUUCCUCUGAUCAACCCUCCACCACCUCAGAUUCAUCGCUUAAUGAAGCCAGACAGAUUAUUCAGUAGGUUGAUCAAGCUAAUAUUCUAGAUCUUCAAUUUUUUGUUAUUUUUAAUACAUUUUGACAUUUUUUGUCGAUUUUGUUACCUAAACACAAUAUUUUAGUCCUUGGUGAUCCUCGAGUCAACGAGAAUCCAGGUCUUCUCAGUUUCGGGCUAAUUCUGUUCAGAUGGCACAACAUCCAAGCGAGAGAGUUGGAGAAGAAACAUCCAGAAUGGACAGAUGAAGAACUCUUCCAAGGUGCCAGAAGACUAGUCAUAGCUACACUACAAAAGAUCGUAUACUACGACUACCUCCCGGCCCUACUCGGAAACGAAGCCGGCAGUCCAGAAGAGUACAAGUACGAUGGCUACAAACCCUAUCUGCCUCCAGGCAUUUCACAUUCUUUUGCUACAACCGCCUUCAGAUUCCCACAUACGAUCGUUCCGCCUGGAAUGUUAUUCAGAACAAAGACAGACAAGUGUCAGUUUAGAGACGAGGUUGGUGGGUACCCCGCCCUCCGAUUGUGCCAAAACUGGUGGAAUGCCCAAGACAUUGUCAGAACAUAUACUGUAGACGAGAUUGUUCUUGGAAUGGCUAGCCAGUUGGCCGAAGCUGAGGACAACAUUGUUGUCGAGGAUUUGAGGGGUAUGUCAUUUUAGUUUUAAAUAUAUUUAUUGGCAUUGUAUGUAAGUGCCUAUCAGUAGUUCUGUAGUUAACAUUACAUAGACGUUGCGUGUUUAUCUUAAUGAUUUUAGACUUUAUUUUUGGUCCAAUGCACUUUACUCGUCUCGAUGUCGUAUCAACAUCAAUUAUGAGAGCUCGUGACAACGGUAUUCUACCGUACAUCAAGUUGAGGCAAGUUUAUAAUUUGCCACCAAGAACCUGGGAGACCAUCAAUCCAAAAAUGACUAGGGAAAUGCCAAAAGUAAGUCCAACUUUUAUAACAUAUGAAUCUUAAAAUAUAAUAUAAUAAUAAAUUUUUAAAACAAAUAUUUUAAUAUCGUAAACAUUGAAAUAUAUUUAAAUUAAAAAUGUAUUUUUUUAGAUCAUUGAAGGCCUGAAGGCGAUGUACAAUGGUGAUAUCAACAAACUCGAUGCGUAUGUUGGUGGGAUGAUGGAGUCGGAUGGCCAAGGCCCUGGAGAACUCUUUGCAGUCAUUAUCAAAGAUCAGUUCAGACGUCUGAGAGAUGGAGACAGAUUCUGGUUCGAAAACACGAACAACAAGUAAGUGUAAUCAAUAAAUUUUAUCAUAACUUAACACUACAGUAGUCUAUAAAGGGUCAAAAUGACUUGUCUUUUUCGUACCUAAAAACACUUGGUGACACAUUGCAAUUUUAGUAUCUUUACGGAGAAAGAAAUCGAACAGAUCAAAAAGAUUACCAUGAAGGACAUCAUCGUCAAAACCACCGAGAUCCAGCCAGAAUUCCUUCAAGAAAACGUUUUCUUCCACAAAUCUGGAGAUCCAUGUCCCCAGCCAUUUCAAGUCAACACAACUGACCUCGAACCAUGCAUUCCAUUCAUGAGGUUCGACCACUUUACUGGAAACGAAGUCACUUACAUCUACACUUGCAUCGCCUUGGGCUGUGUUCCAUUACGUAAGUCCUUUCUUGGAUUUAAAAAUUUUUACAAUAAAAUUAAUUUAAAACAAUAAAAUUAAGGUGUUCUUUAAUUUUUUUUAAUUAAAACAAUAAAAUUAAGGUGUUCAAAUCUUUUCAUAAACAUAACGUUAUACCGCAUAAACAAGUAGAUAAUCAAGUCGUUUAGUUUGCAUUGGAAUCGGAUACCAGUACAUUCAACGUCGCAGAAAACUGGGAUUACUGUAUGAACCGAGCAGACGACAGACCAACAAACUGGUCGAGAACCUAGAAAAGACAAACGCUUUCAGCAAAGCAGCUGGAAAAGCUUCGAAAUACUCAUUUCCAGGUAAUAAAAAGAGAAACAGAAUUAUCAAAAGUCAUAUACACAUCUAAACAAUACUUCUUUCAGUGAUAGAAUGGAUCAACGAAACGUAUUACCGGUCGGUUCUAUUGGUCAUAGAACCGAAAGCUCCAAACAUUAACUUGGAGAAACCACGUGGCGGAGUGCUACGUAGAGUACCACUGUCAGAUUCUCAAGUUGUUACCAUGAAUAUUGGAACAAAAGCCUCGGGAUCUAUUAGUGGUCCAUUCGUAGUAAUAUCAGUUAGAAAACAUAACGACAUCGUUGUUAGAUUCAGAAAGAUCGAAGACUUCGACCAGUUCCAAAAGUCACUCGGAAGCGUACUAUCAAGUCACAAAAUAGCACUAAAAGGUAGACAAGUUCAGACGGAUGUUCUACUAGAUGCAGCAGAGACGAAAGAGAAACGACAACACAAGUUGGACUACUUCUUCCGAGAAGCCUACUCCAAGACCUUCAACGUGCCCAAACUGAGAAACAAAGAGCACGAGUACGACUCGAUGACCACAGAUGAAGUACUGGAGAUGCGAUUGAGUAAAGGAGAGUUCGCCGAAGCCUUGGGAAUGAAGGAGAACGACCUAUUCGUCGAUAGAAUGUACGCCUGCAUGAAGAAGGACAGUGGUGACGACUCGGACGAUGUCACCUUCCAACAGAUGCUCGACGUUCUCAGAAAGUUCAGUAGCGACGACCUUAAAGAGAAGUUGAAGUUGAUCUUCAACAUGUGCGAUACCGACCAAGACGGCAAGGUUCAAUCAGAAGAAUUUUCUGAUUUUGUACGGUCCUUGAACGUGACAGCGGGUGUCAAGAUCGAUGAAGAACAACAAGCUAACGUCAUUGAUUCCGUGCUUUACCGUGCUGGAAUUCAAGACCGAAAGAUAUUGACUGAAAAAGAUUUUGAAGCCAUCUUUAGCCAGACGGACGACCAACGUCGACCAUUGGGAGUGCACUUUAGAGGUCGUCAACUGAAGGUCAAAUGUGAUGAGUAAGCUUAAAGUCAUGGUUAGAUAACUUUUAAAGCAUUUCUUAAAUUUAUGACAAUUGUGAGACACCAAACGAAUUCAGUUCGUAUUUUAAUAUGUUUUCUCAUUUAGAACCGAAAGUCUGAACAGUUUCGCCGUCACUCCAGAAGGUGAUCCUAACACUAACACCGGCUGGUUCGGAUGGUUAGCAUCAUUCUUGGAAUCCAACAGACAGCACGUUGUAAUCUUGUUCAUCUUCUUUGCCAUCAACGCCAUUCUGUUCACGGAGAGGUUCUGGCGUAAGUGUAACAUCUAUUUUUCAUAAACUUUUUAGAUUACCGAUAUGAAACAGAACACCGUGACCUUCGUCGUGUUAUGGGAGUUGGUAUCGCCAUCACAAGAGGAGCUGCAGCUGCUUUGUCAUUUGAUAUGGCUGUUGUGCUGCUCACGGUGUGCCGUAACGUGCUGACUAUCAUCAGAGAAACCCCUCUUGGAGAAUAUCUGCCCUUAGAUUCAGCCAUCACCUUCCACAAGAUCGUAGCCAUCACUGCCGGUGUGUUCUCGGCCAUUCAUACCAUCGGUCACUGUAUCAACUUCUACCAUGUAGCCACACAAAGUCAAGAAGGCCUUGCUUGUCUGUUCCAAGAAGCCGUUUUUGGAUCCAACUUCUUACCAUCGAUCAGCUACUGGUUCUUUGGAACGUUGACUGGAAUCACAGGAAUUCUGUUGGUUGCUGUCAUGUGCAUCAUCUAUGUAUUUGCUAUGCCAGCUGUUCUCAAACGAGCUUACCAUGCAUUCAGAUUGACACAUCUUCUGAACAUUGCAUUAUAUGCAUUGACUAUUCUUCACGGACUUCCUAGGCUUCUAGAUGUAAGUUUUUCCUAAUUUAACCUAUUUAAAACAGAUAGUAAAUAACCUAAAGUAUAGUAAAAAAACAUAAAAUUGGCCAUUUUUAGUCGCCAAAGUUCUGGUACUACGUGAUAGGACCAAUAAUCAUAUUCAUCAUUGACAAGAUCAUUGGAAUGCGUCAACAAUAUAAACAGCUACAGAUCAUGUACGCAGACAUCUACCCGUCAGACAUCAUCUACAUCAAGUUCCACCGUCCUCAUUCCUUCAAGUUCCGUUCCGGCCAAUGGGUUCGUGUGUCAUGUCCCAACUUCAGUUGUUCUUUCAAUACCAACCACGCCUUCUCUCUGGCUUCGGCCCCUCAAUCCAAGUACGUCGAGCUUUACAUUAAGGCUGUUGGACCUUGGACUUGGCAAUUGAGAAACGAGAUAAGUGAAUGUCUUACCCAUGGAGACAACAACUACCCCACCAUCAACUUGAACGGUCCGUUUGGGGAUGGUAAUCAAGAAUGGCACAACUACGACGUCUGUGUGAUGGUCGGUGGGGGAAUCGGAGUAACUCCAUAUGCGUCUACAUUGAUGGAUCUUGUCAUGGAGACCUCAGCCGACAAACAUUGCAAUAUUAGAUGCAAAAAGGUGUACUUCUUGUGGAUCUGUCCAACUCACAAGAACUUCGAGUGGUUUGUGGAUGUUCUGAAGGAAGUUGAGAGUCUGGAUCGUAACAAUCUGCUUGAGAUUCAUGUGUUUGUUACCCAAUUCUUCCACAAGUUCGAUUUGAGAACAACGAUGCUGGUAGGUUUAUAUUUUUACUUUGCAAUGUAUAUGUAUUCGAAAGAAGGUUUAAAAGUUUACAGUUGAAAACAUGGCCUUUACAUUCAACAGUAGUUACCUUAUCCAUAGCGUAAAUACCCAUUUAAAAUCGAUCAACUUGAUCAAUAAGUAAAACCAACUAAAAUAAUAUCCAUUUAACUUUAGUACAUCUGUGAGAAGCACUUCCGCGGUAACAACAGAGGAAAGAGUAUGUUCACGGGACUGAGCGCCACAAAUCACUUUGGACGGCCAAACUUUGAUGCCUUCUUCGGAUUCUUGCAGAAACGGCAUCAAGAGGUAGGUAAAACAAUAUAAUAUAUCAAAGUAUUACGAUUAACCCAAAAAACACUUAAAAAAUGUAAAAACAAUGUGCAAAAGGAAGUUUCCGGAAAAUUUUACAAAAUUUUGUAAAUUAUAAAAUGAGACGAAGUGACAACCAUUGAUUUUCAGGUGAAUGAGAUUGGAGUGUUCAGUUGUGGGCCCAAUUCCAUCAACAAACAAAUCCGCAACGCUUGUCAAGAUGCUAACCGAGUCAGGAAUGCGGCAUCGUUUGUGCAUCGGUUCGAAACCUUCUAG